CUCACGUGUGUCCCUUGAAUCAUCCACGCCACAAAAAUGACACGCUUGAGAGACAACUCCAUCCAACCAGAGCAAUCUCCUCACUAUACAACAAAACACAGCAACUGAAAAUUCAUGGGCACUCUGAUGAAGCAACCAGGUUUCAUCUUCAAGAUAGUGCUAGUGAUGCUGCCAUUGCUGCUAUGCACAUGCGGAGCAACCACCAUUCUCAGCAGCAGCAACCUCCACCCAUUGAUUCUAAUUCCAGGUAACGGAGGAAACCAACUAGAAGCCAGGUUAACCAAUCAGUACAAACCCUCCAGCUUCAUCUGUGAAACGUACCCACUUUUCAAGAAGAAAAACAGCUGGUUCAGGCUCUGGUUUGAUUCUAGUGUUCUGCUUGGUCCUUUCACUCGAUGCUUCGCUCGCCGCAUGACACUUCAUUACAACCCCGAGCUCGAUGAUUUCUUCAAUACUCCUGGGGUUCAGACUCGGGUCCCUCACUUUGGUUCUACCAAAUCUCUUCUUUAUCUCAAUCCUCGCCUCAAGCUUAUCACUGAAUACAUGGCAUCUCUGGUAGACUCACUAGAAGAGCUUGGUUAUAUUGAUGGUGAAACUCUGUUUGGAGCCCCCUAUGAUUUUCGAUACGGUCUAGCAGCUCCAGGUCACCCAUCUCAAGUUGGGACCAAGUUCCUUAACGACCUGAAGAGUUUGAUUGAAAAAGCAAGCAUUUCCAAUGGCGGGAAGCCAGUGAUACUUGUCUCCCACAGCUUAGGAGGCCUAUUUGUCCAACAACUCCUGAGUCGAAACCCCUCCUCUUGGUACAAGAAAUACAUCAAACACUUUGUAGCAAUUUCUGCUCCAUGGGGUGGUACUGUGGAUGAAAUGCUCACAUUUGCAUCUGGCAACACUCUUGGAGUGCCCCUAGUGGACCCCUUGUUAGUGAGAGAUGAGCAAAGAAGCUCUGAGAGUAAUCUAUGGCUUUUGCCCAAUCCCAAGAUGUUUGAUCCUCAAAUGUCAUUAGUAAUCACUUCUAAUAGAAGCUACUCUGCACAUGACAUGACUGAUUUUCUCAAAGACAUUGGUUUUCCUGAAGGUGUCUAUCCUUAUCAGACUCGGAUUCUGCCCUUGAUAGAGAAUGUAGAAGCACCAGAAGUGCCUGUGACUUGUGUUAUUGGGACGGGCAUGAGAACUGCGGAGAGUUUGUUUUAUAGAGAUGGUAAUUUUGAUGAGCAACCGGAAAUUUCUUAUGGGGAUGGUGAUGGAACGGUGAACAUGGUGAGCUUGUUGGCGCUUCAAUCUCUGUGGAAAGAUGAGAAAAAUCUAGACCUGAAAGUGAUUAAGAUUGGUGGGGUGUCUCACACUUCAAUACUAAAAGAUGCAGGUGCACUUGAUGAAAUAAUGGGUGAGAUUUGUGGAAUUAAUGCUCAAGCUGAGCUUGGUAUAACUAUAAGCAAUGCUCUUUCGGCAUAAAUGAUGGGGAAUGAUCCAUGGAGAUGGUAUCUAUGACUGAAGGCUACUUAAUGGAUAGUUGUAUGUCCAUUGUCUUCUAUGAUUCAACCCCAAUUAAAUUUUGUACGAAAUUUAUAUUGGCAUUGUACUUAUUACUUAAUGAUGAGAUUUGUUAUGAGAAUCAAAGUUUAGGAUAUGAAAUAUAUUAAACAUAAUUAGUUA